AACUUGAUAAAUAUAUAGAAAAGAAAAGUACAAAUAAAACUGCAAAAAAGGUUAAAUUAUGUUAUAGAAUUAUAUCUAAAAUACUUGGUAUCAGUAUGAAUCAAAAUAAACAAAAUAAUAUUCUAUUACUUAAAAAUAAAAAUAGAAAUUUAUAG